AUGGUGAGUAAGGAGCCCAGCAAAUGCUUACUCACCGCCUCGGAAAGCGAAGUGGAGCCAGCGGCUUCCCUGGCGCUGGAGAUGAAAUACGCCCUGGAUCCCAACCGGCAGAUCAAGAAACGCAACAAGGCCCUCCAGGUGCGCUUCAAAGACAUCUGCGAGGCCCAGAACGAGCAGAGGGACCGACAGCUCAGCGCCGCGCAGGACCCCGACCGGAGAGACGCCAAGGCCAUCGCCUACAAAACGGCCUACCGCAAGUACAUGACGGUGCCCGCCCGCAGGUCCAUCCCCAACGUCACCAAGAGCACAGGAGUCCAGACUUCCCCCGAUCUGAAGAAGUGUUACCAGACUUUUCCUCUGGACCGCAAAAAAGGGAAUAUCCUGAAAAGCGCCUCGGCCGUCGAUACCUUUAAGGGUCAAAACAACGGGUUUCUGAUCGAGAAGGACGGCGGCGGCGCCGGGGAGGCCGCGCAGUGGGGCAGGAAGGCCGGCAGCCUGCAGACGGCCGAGUUCAUCUCCCACAUCAACGAGCGCGCCAACGCAGGCUCUGGCGACGAUGGGGCUGAGGCCUGGCAAGGCAGCGAUUUGCACAGCUCUCCCAAAGAGCCGCCUCCUCCUCCUCUCCCAAAUUCGGCCGACCCCGCUUCGGAGGAGCCAGGCCGAGGGAAACAGGCGCUGGGGAGGCUGGGGAGCGAGGAGGCCGCCCAGCCCCUCCAUGGGAGGGUCUUCAAGACUGAAGUGGCCACUGUUUAUUUACCGGCGUCCGCUUCGAACGCUUCGCAGCCCGACCUCACGGGCCCUGAAAGCGACUGGUCACCGUGCCCGGCAGCCGAGGAGGACAGAAAGAGGACGGUGCACCUGAACGGGGUUCAGCCCCAGGCGGGAGAUGCUCGAGCCUGCCCGUCGCGGGCGCAGUGCCCCGCCGCCGAAUGUAACGAGCAGCCCCUUCAGAUCAGCGUCUCUGCCAUGGAGGAGAACCAGCCGUGCCGGGCGGCCGUGGCGGUGAGCGAGGAAUGCCAACAAAUCGUGCCUCACACCGAAGUUGUGGACUUGAAAGCGCAGCUUCAGAUGAUGGAAAAUUUGAUCAGCUCGAGUCAGGAAACCAUUAAAGUGCUGUUGGGUGUUAUACAGGAGCUAGAGAAAGGAGAAGCUCACAGAGAAGGGUGA